AUGAACGUGAUCGGAGCUGUGCUGAUCUGUGGGCUGUUGGCUGUGUCUAUGGCACUGCCUCUGGACGAGAAGCUCGAUGAAUCGCCGCCUGUGAAACCAGCAGUCUUGCCAAUCGAGCUAAAACCAGCUGAGCCUUGCAAGGCCACGUGCAGGAAGAUGUGCGAGUUUGGAUUCCUUCUGGACGGAACCUGUCCACGCUGCACAUGCGCAACAAACCCAUGUGACACCACCAUAUGCCCAGAGAACAACGUCUGUAUCACAGAACCAUCUGACUGUGGUAUGGACAUGUGCCCACACAAAGCUUCCUGUAAGGGUACUGGUGUCAUCAUGCCAGAAGUCCUGCCAAUCGAUAUCAAACCAGCUGAGCCUUGCAAGGCCACGUGCAGGAAGAUGUGCGAGUUUGGAUUCCUUCUGGACGGAACCUGUCCACGCUGCACAUGCGCAACAAACCCAUGUGACACCACCAUAUGCCCAGAGAACAACGUCUGUAUCACAGAACCAUCUGACUGUGGUAUGGACAUGUGCCCACACAAAGCUUCCUGUAAGGGUACUGGUGUCAUCAUGCCAGAAGUCCUGCCAAUCGAUAUCAAACCAGGAAAGAACGGCGCCUGUGAGGCUACAGCGAGGAAAGCGUGCUCGUUUGGCUUCAGAACCCGCGGCUGUCCCAGGUCCCGUUGUGCCCCUGACCCUUGUCAGAUCGGUAAACAAUAA